UUCUGAGUCAGUCGAGCCUGGAAAUCGGACGGGAGCACAACGUAAACUUUAAAACGCGUGUCGAAAAGCAAAAUUAGGUAGUUGCUAUCAGCAUCGGUGCAAUAAAGGAAAUACUUUGAAUCUAAAAUAUUAUAAAACGAAAGUCCAAGAUGGCCAAGUGCCUACUGGGCCUCUGGCUGGCGAUCCUGCUAGUGGAUCGGUCCGGGGUUAUAGCUUAUCGAUCAGACUACCGGAGCGGGCAGUCGGGACAAGGCGGCUUAUCAGCGGGGCACUCGGGCUACGGAGGCGACCAACAGCAGCCCAUUUAUCAGCGGGACUCGCCGUGUCCGCCGCAUUUUACGGGUCUGGUUGCGUAUCCCCACGACUGUCACCGCUAUGUGAACUGCAACGGUGGCAGCCCCACCAUCCAGACCUGCUCGCCUGGAACGCUGUUUAAUGGCAGGACUCUGGUCUGCGAUCAUCCCAGCAACGUGGUCUGCCCCUCACCGCAGCCACAAUCGACUCGCCUAGGACGUCUGAACCAGUUCGAUGGUAAACCAAAGUGUCAGGCCGGAAUGAAUGGAUUGCAGCCUCAUCCGACGGACUGCACCAAGUUCCUCAACUGUGCCAAUGGGCAGGCCUUCGUAAUGGACUGCGCGCCAGGAACAGCCUUCAGUGUAGCAUCACUGGUUUGUGUGCACAAGGACAUUGCCAAAUGUGGAGUUGGAGCUGAACCUGAAGAAAGAGAAGGAUCCUCGGGCCAAGGCUAUCCUGCGCACGACUUGGGUUGUCCAUCCGGCUUUCGUGGCCUUCGCCCACACCCGCACGACCUGCACAAGUACUUGCGUUGCGGCAUUGGUGUUCAGCCUCAGGUGGAACAGUGUGCGCAGGGAAUGAUCUUCCAUGGCUCCUCUCUGGUAUGUGUGUUUUCUGACUCCUCUCGGACCUCCUCUUCCUCCACCUCUGCUGAGAUUCAGGUGAACUAUCUGCUCUGUCCCGUGGGAGCAGUUGGCCUGUUUGUUCACCCCUUCGAUCAGACUAAGUUCCUCAGUUGUAGGGAUGGUAAGGUGGCGGUGCAAAGCUGCCGGCCCAAUUAUGUGUUCAGCAUAUCGAGGGGCUACUGUCAGCUGAAAGUACAGUUGGCCUUCAGCGACUAUGUGACUUUAAUUAUCUCUGAGGUCACCUAUGAGUACUCAUUGACCUUAAAUGCUUGUCCUGGCAACAUCAACGGCAUCUUUUUGUAUCCCUACGAUGCUGAGAAGUAUGUCCAGUGCUCGGCUGGUGGCAGGAUGUCCAUUCUAAGCUGUGGCCCACAGAAAGCCUUCAGUGUAUCCCAAGGCUCUUGUCUUCUUCGUGAUCAGGUGCACAGCACAGAUCGCGUGAGGUUCUGGCAGGAAAUCCAAGAUCAGACUACGUUCACCUCUCACAGCAGUCUUUCAGGACAGCCCCAGGGCCAGGGGUCUUCCCUUAGAUCGUGCCCAACAAAUGUCCAGAAGAACUACCCCUAUCCAUUCCAUGCUGGCCACUUUGUGAGGUGUCAGAAUGGAGUAUUCGAGAUUGUCAGUUGUUUCUCUGGGAUGGUUUACAGCCUGUCCCAGCGACAGUGUGUGAACCGCUACCUUCUCCCUGCCCACGACUACUUGGAUUACUCCUAUAUUAGUGCUGAUCUUUCAACUGAAUUUAUGGUCGAUCAAUCGACGCUUACUUGUCCCCCACAAUUCCAAGGAUACUAUCUGCAUCCCUUUGAUUGCACCAAGUAUGUCAGGUGCUGGAAUCAUCAGACCUUUAUUGAGAGCUGCACGCCGGGAGAAAUCUUCAGCUUUUCGAAUCAGAAAUGCGUUCCCAAGGAUCAAUGCAAGGGUCCCAGCGAUCAUGUAGAGUAUUUGAUCGAUGGAUCGGAACCCAAAAAUAUAUUUGGAAAGAGCGGGGAAGUUACCUGCCCACCUGGAUCCUCGGGACUUCAUGCCCAUCCAUUCGACUGCACAAAGUUCUUAGAAUGUGGAAACGGCCAGACUUUUGAACAGAGUUGUGGGCCUGGAACUGCUUUCAGCACUGUCAUUAACAGUUGUGAUUUUGCCAAUAAUGUGGACUGCACCGGAAGAAGCUCUUUACCCGCUCUGCCUCCAGUGCCUAAGCAGGUACCUAGCUACCCAGCGAAACCAGCGGAUACCCUUCCACCACCACAGUCAUCAAAACCGUCUUACCCACCUGCCGAGCAGCGAACUGACCUUUUGUGCCCAUCUGGAGUGCAAGGUCAAUUUGUCCACCCCUUUGACCAAACCAAGUUUCUCCUGUGUCAGUCUGGUAAGCUGACCGUUCAAAGCUGUCAGUCUAAUUAUGUAUUCAGUAUAUCGAGGGGCUACUGCCUGCUGAAAACACAGUUGGCCUUUAGCGACUAUGUGACUUUAAUUAUCUCUGAAGUUUCCUAUGAGUACACAUGGGUAUUAAAUCAAUGCCCUGGAAAUACUAAUGGCACCUAUUUGUAUCCCUACGAUGCUGAGAAAUAUGUCCAGUGUUCGGCUGGUGGCAGGAUGUCCAUUCUAAGCUGUGGCCCACAGAAAGCCUUCAGUGUAUCCCAAGGCUCUUGUCUUCCUCUUGGUCAGGUGCACAGCACAGAUCGCGUGAGGUUCUGGCAGGAAAUCCAAGAUCAGACUACGUUCACCUCUCACAGCAGUCUUUCAGGACAGCCCCAGGGCCAGGGGUCUUCCCUUAGAUCGUGCCCAACAAAUGUCCAGAAGAACUACCCCUAUCCAUUCCAUGCUGGCCACUUUGUGAGGUGUCAGAAUGGAGUAUUCGAGAUUGUCAGUUGUUUCUCUGGGAUGGUUUACAGCCUGUCCCAGCGACAGUGUGUGAACCGCUAUCUUCUCCCUGCCCACGACUACUUGGAUUACUCCUAUAUUAGUGCUGAUCUUUCAACUGAAUUUAUGGUCGAUCAAUCGACGCUUACUUGUCCCCCACAAUUCCAAGGCUACUAUCUGCAUCCCUUUGAUUGCACCAAGUAUGUCAGGUGCUGGAAUCAUCAGACCUUUAUUGAGAGCUGCACGCCGGGAGAAAUCUUCAGCUUUUCGAAUCAGAAAUGCGUUCCCAAGGAUCAAUGCAAGGGUUCCAGCGAUCAUGUAGAGUAUUUGAUUGAUGAAUCGGAACCCAAAAAUAGCUUUGGAGAGAAUGGAGAAGUUACCUGCCCACCUGGAUCCUCGGGACUCCAUGCCCAUCCAUUCGAAUGCACAAAGUUUUUGGAAUGUGCGAAUGGACAUACUUUCGUGAGGAAUUGUGGACCGGGAACAGCUUUUAGCACCGUCAUCAAUAAUUGUGAUUUUGCCAAUAAUGUGGACUGCACCGGAAGAAGCUCUUUACCCGCUCUGCCUCCAGUGCCUCCAACUCAGCAAGUACCCAACUAUCCACCAAAGCCAGCGGAUACCUUCCCACCACCUCAGUCAUCCAACCCCCUUUACCCACCUGCCGAGCCCCUUACUGACCUUUUGUGCCCAUCUGGAGUGCAGGGUCAAUUUGUCCACCCCUUCGACCAAACAAUGUUUCUCCUGUGUCAGUCUGGCAAACUGGCGGUUCAAAGGUGCCAGCCAGGUUAUGUGUUCAGCAUAUCAAGAGGCUCCUGCCAGCUAAAAACACAGUUGGUCUACAGCGACUAUGUGACCUAUAUAGCCUCUGUGAUAAGCAUCGAGGAGACUAUGAUCCUCUCUGCUUGCCCGGAUGGCACUGACGGCCUUCAUCUUUACCCCUACGAUGCUAGCAAAUAUGUGCGUUGUUCUGGUGGAGGAAAGAUGUCCAUUGAAAGUUGCGGGGAGCAAAUGGCCUUCAGUUUGGAGCAUCGGGCUUGCCGGCCCAAUCGCCUGGUGGCAAAGGACGAUCGCGUCAGGUUCUGGGGGGAGUUACAGUUCCAGAAAACGACAACGCUUACCACACAGGAUGUCCAGACCUCUCAGUCCCCACUAAGGGAGUGUCCACCCUCGCUGCAGGGGAACUACCCCUAUCCCUUCCACGCUGGCCUCUAUGUGAAGUGCCAGAACGGUCGGUUGCAGAUUGAGCGUUGUCCCCAAUCAUUUUUCUACAGCUUACCCCAACGACAGUGUGUCGCCCGUCGGUUACUUUCCACCCGCGACUACGUUUUCUUCACCUUGAACAUUGAUCAACUCUCGACUGAACUUGUUCAGGACCUCACAACGUUGGCUUGUCCUCCGCUAGCUCAGGGCGAUUACUUACAUCCUUUCGAUUGUACGAAGUAUAUUAUCUGCCGGGAGAGACAAACCCAUGUCGGAAGCUGUAUGCAGGCCGAAGUAUUCAGCAUAUCCCAGCAAAAGUGUGUCGUCCGGGAUAGGAUAACCGAGCCCUACGAUCGGGUGGAGUAUGCUGGGGACACUCAGCACGAAUUGAGCCUGGUAGUGGAACAGGAGCAACCUCAGCAGGGCAAGGGACUGUCGCCUGGAGGAGAAUAUCCUUCACCUGGAAACUAUCAAACUCCUAAUAAGUCGAAUAACCAGCUGCCCUAUCAAGGUAGUGGAGGUUACUCGUCUUCUUUACCAACCAAUGAAGGUUACCCACCAUAUAACCAACCCAAAGGAAAUUAUCAGCCACCAAUUACUGGUGGAGCUCCGUAUCCAGGGGGUAUACAGCCCUCUGCCCCAACCAAUAAAGGUUACCCACCAUAUACCCAACCCAAAGGAACUUAUCCGCCACCAAUUACUGGUGGAGCUCCGUAUCCAGGGGCUGUACAGCCCUCUGCCCCAACCAAUGAAGGUUACCCACCAUAUAACCAAGCCAAAGGAACUUAUCAGUCACCAAUUACUGGCGGAGCUCCGUAUCCAGGGGGCGUACAGCCCUCUGCACCAGCAAGUCCUCUGACUUGCCCCGAAAAGGUUAGCGGCCUCUUCCCGAAUCCAUUUGACGCUACAGGCUAUCUGACCUGUGUGGAAGGUCACACCUUGACUAGGCAAUGCCAGCACCUGGAUGUGUUUAGUGUUUCUCAAGGCUACUGCCUGCCUGAGCAGCAUGUUGCCAAAACGGAUCGCGUCCCAUUCGAGAGGCAGCAAACAGAUCAGGAUAAUCCUUUGGCUUGUCCCAGAGGAUCUUUGGGCUUCUUUGUGUACCCCUUCGACUGCUCAAAGUAUCUGAGCUGCGGGCCCAAUGGGAUGGAACUGCUCAGUUGUCCGAAUGAACAGCACUAUAGUGUCUCCCAUGGUAUUUGCAAGCCCGUUGAGCAGGUGCUACGUGAGGACCGUUUGUAUACACUCAGUGAGCUGCACAUCAUUUACGAGUGGACGCAGCGGAUGAAAGUUGAGGGCGCGCUGACCGUGUGUCCCGAGGGAAUAAGCGGUACCUUGCCGCAUCCCAGGUUGCCCAGAAAAUUCCUCCGGUGUGGACCAGGCCAGGCCGAAUCGUACGACUGUCCGGCCCAGCACAUUUUCAGCGUAUCCCGAAGAGUGUGUGUUCCGGAUGAACAACUUCCCAGUGACGAUCGCACCGAUUAUAUAGUUCGGGGUACAAUCUCCGGUUGGAUUAUUCCCUCUAAUGACAAUCGUCAAUCCAAAUCUUAUGAGAUAACUGGCACGGAUCAGUUUGGCAACCGAUAUACAAACAGAACGACAAUCACAACUCGGGUGAUUGGAGACCGCUGGACGAAUAUGAACAUGCAGCGACCAUCAGGUGUUGGACUGGAACAGAAUCCACAUGAUCAUCAUCAUCAGCAGGGAUAUAAUCCGAAUUGGUCUGGCCAGGAGACCUCCUAUGUGCAGCGUCAACCUUCCCAGAACACUCUAUAUGUGGAGGGAUCUCUGCAGCCGAACCGUAAUUAUCCUACCUAUAAUACUCCGUUGGCUCCCAUGUCACCCAGCCAACCGGCUGAGGAUAAGAAACCGGAGGACGAAAGUCCAGUGCCAUCACGACAAGGCUACAGUCGCAGAAUCGAUCAUGGUUCACCUGGCAAUGGCUGGAAGCCCAUGCCACCACUGCCUUCUGCGGGUGGACAAAAGCCAAUAAAUCUAGACUACACACCCCAUUUACCUGGUGCUAGGGAACCUCAAUCCCAACCACAAGAUCCUCUGCCCGGACAGAAAUCCAUUGACUUGGACUAUGAUGACCAACAAAAAAUCGAAGAUCCCUUUAACGAACCUCAGCCGCGUCCAGGAUCGUCGCCACGGUUCUAUCCUACGGGUGGACAAAAACCAUUAAAUCUAGGUUACACACCGUAUUCUCCCGGUGCCUGGGAACACCAACCCAAGGAUCCUCUGCCCGGACAGAGACCCAUUGACUUGGACUAUGAUGACCAACAAAAAGCCGAAGAUCCCUAUAAUGAACUUCAACCCCUUCCAGGAUCGCCACCACGUUUCUAUCCAGAUCAGUUGUCCAGUGGUUCCAAGCCGAUAGGUAGGCAGCAACCAGUGGACUCUCACCUUGACCCAAGUGGUUUUCCAGACCAGCAAAGGCCCUUAGAUCCUCACAAUAGCCUUCAGGGUUCGAAUGAUCCGCCAAGACAUUAUCCCAACCCUGGGUUGCCUUUGUAUAAUGAAUCCAAUCUUUAUGGGGGUCUCUUACCCCCCAAACCAGAUCCCCCGGCUAAUGCAAGAACUACUCCUCCACCCAGUCCCUCAACUUCCCAGACGCCUAGACCGCAAUUAGCUAACCGACUACACACAUUUCCCAAUUAUCCUCCUACCGGUGAUCAAACACCUCACCAAAAUCCUCAAAACCCCCACUAUAGUCCAUCUUAUGCAGGAAUUGCCCAUUCUCGCAAUGCCUCUUGGGCUAAAGUCCCUGUGACCAGUACAACUCCACGCCAACAUCCAGAUCCUUUUAAUCCUGAAUUGGAUGAGCCCUUUUAUGACGAUGAUGACUUUACGACCACAACAGAGAGGCAGGCUUUGGUGCCACCUCCUUUCGAUCACAAGUUCUAUAGUCCCCAGUCGCAGAUUGGUGUUAUUAGUAAGGAUAGAUCUGGCCUUGAUCCCAACUCCCAAGCGGCCAUGAAAGAGGCUCUUAAGCUUAUGCUGCGUCCCUAUUUCAAUCAUAGUGGAAAUGCCCAAGAAAAACUAGCUAAGCAGACUGAGUCAGCCAUAGUCUCUGUGAUAAGUAAGCCCCCAACUAAUUUGACUACGCCAACGUCCAGGACGACUACUUCUACGACACCCAGAACUGACCUCGACUCCGACGCCGAACUGAUUAAGGCGGGUGAACAGGAGAGCCUAGAUUCCGUUGACGACGACUAUGUUUUUCCAGAUGCCAGGGAGACAUCCCGAACCGAGCAGACCCUAGAUCCCAGUACCACGUACGCCUCGACUGACUUUCAAAGGAGCACCCGCCGGGUGGAGCUUGACCAGAAGACCCCCACCCCAACCACAACCACAACCAAAAACAAUUGGCUUGCGUCUGGUCACAGUCGUGACUACCACCGACGUCAUCCAAAUCUCCCCGAUCCGUUCUCCGAGCACCAUCCCAAUCCCUCUCCCCACCAACACCACCACCGCCACCCCCAUGAACACAGACACCAUGAGCAUAGUGCCGACUUCCAUCGUCGUCAUCCAGAGCUACCAAAUCCCUUUCCAAACGAGGACGACAACAACCAGCAGCAGCAGGUGCUAGACGAAGACUAUGAGCUGUUGGCCAAUCCCAAUGCUGAGGAGGUGACUCCAAAACUAUCCUUCCGUUCGAUGUUCGAUCUGCAAUGCAAUUUCGAUUGCGGUAAUGGCAAGUGCCUGAAGAAGGAGCAGGUCUGUGAUGGUCAGAAGAACUGCGACAAUGGCAAGGACGAGGCCAACUGCCCGGCAUUGGACUACGAGGUGCGCUUAACAGGAGGUGAAGGCCCACAUGCGGGUCGCAUCGAGGUCAAGGCUAAUGGCCAAUGGGGCUAUGUGUGCGAUGACAAGUUCGGUCUUAAGGAUGCUGAUAUAGUAUGCCGCGAAAUUGGCUACCAUAUGGGGGCCCAAGAAGUUCGUGGUAGCUCUUUCUAUGCUCCUCCCAACCAGGACUUUAACUACCUAAUCGACGAGGUUGAAUGUCAUGGCAAUGAGACCAAGCUAAAGGAUUGCGCCUUCAAAGGUUGGGGUGUCCACAACUGCGGAGUUGAUGAAGUUGCGGGCGUGGUCUGCAAGGUUCCCGUGAUGAAGUGUCCCAAUAACUACUGGCUCUGCCAAUCCGGAAAGGACUGCAUUCCACCCACCUUUGUGUGCGACAAUACGGAAGACUGUCCGGAUAAGUCGGACGAAAGUCCAGCCAUCUGUGAGGCUCGCCCUCAGUACCGUUUGGAGGGAGGACGCAGCUCCAACGAAGGACGCCUUGAAGUUAAGCACCAUGGCGUUUGGGGCAGUGUUUGCGAUGAUGACUUCAACCUAAAGGCUGCCCAAGUUGCCUGCAACUCCUUAGGUUUCUACGGACCAGCGAAAAUCGAGAAAAACAUCUAUGGCAUCGGCAACGGACCCAUUUGGCUAGAUCAGGUUAUGUGCUAUGGAAACGAGACCUCCAUCGACCUGUGCAACCACUGGAACUGGGGCGAGAGUAACUGCAACCACACCGAAGAUGUGGCGCUGCGUUGCACCGCUGGCCCACCACCUCGCAGCCAACAGUUUCUCCAGAGCCAACUGAAAGGUGGCAGGACGGUGGCGGAGGAAGCCGCAGCCAGGAGCUAUUCUCAAAUAGGCUUGUGGGAGCGAUCUAGCAAGGCCCUGCAUACACCUCGUCGCUGCGGAAUCUUCAAGGACGACCUGACCGAUGAGUAUGCCCAUCGAGAGGAGCGCGUGGUAAGGGGGAAUGUGGCCCAGCGGGGCCGCCAUCCCUGGCAGGCCACCCUGAGAACCCGUGGACGUGGUGGAAUCUCCAGUCAUUGGUGUGGAGCGGUGGUAAUUUCCAAGCGUCAUCUUCUCACAGCCGCCCACUGUCUCUAUGGGUCUUCGAAGGGAGCCUACUUUGUGCGCGUCGGAGAUCACUAUGCCAACAUAGCCGAGUCCUCCGAGGUAGAUACGUUCAUUGAGAACUGGUACAUACACGAGGAGUUCCGCAAAGGCACCCACAUGAACAACGACAUUGCGCUGGUGGUGCUGAAGACUCCUCUGAAGUUCAGUGACUACGUGCAGCCCAUUUGCCUGCCCGAUAAGAAGGCUGAGCUCGUCCAGGAUCGCAAGUGCACCAUUUCCGGUUGGGGUUCCAUCAAAUCGGGAGUGUCCACUCCUGCCCAAGUUUUGGGAUCUGCGGAACUUCCCAUUCUGGCGGAUCAUGUCUGCAAGCAACCGAAUGUUUACGGAGCGGCCAUGGCGGAAGGCAUGUUCUGCGCCGGCUCCAUGGAUGAGAGCGUGGACGCCUGCGAAGGUGACUCGGGCGGCCCGCUCGUCUGCUCCGAUGACGAUGGCGAGACUUUGUACGGCCUCAUUUCGUGGGGUCAGCACUGCGGCUUCAAGAACAGGCCGGGUGUCUAUGUGCGUGUCAAUCACUAUAUCGAUUGGAUCUACGACAAAAUCAAUGAGAGCUUGAAGCGCUUUUAAAUGAAAUUAUUUUCUAGCACUUAAAUCCAGCUUGUCACAUGACCUUUAUUGUGUAAGAAUUUUGUAGUGAGCAUACAAAUAAAGCAGAAUAUUUCGAAAAUAA